CAAACGCCACGUUCCUUUCCUCGAAUAUCACGACCUGUUGAGCUUAUGCGAAACUCUUACGAUGUUGUGGUAAUUGGAACCGGUUAUGGGGGAGGAGUUGCAGCCAGUCGUAUGGCGAGAGGUAGACAAAGCGUCUGCGUCUUGGAGAGGGGAAAAGAAAGGUGGCCUGGCGAAUACCCAGAAACAUUGAACGAUGCUGCCAAAGAGGUCCGUGUCAGUGGCGAAUUCGCACCAGGAGACAGGAGAGGUAUCCCAGGCCCGCUUGUAGACGGUGGCAACCCUGCCGGACUCUAUCAUUUCGUGGUCGGAGAUGGGCAAAAUGUGUUCAUGGGUAAUGGGCUGGGUGGUACAAGUCUGCUUAAUGCAAACGUCUUUCUAGAGGCCACUCCUGCGGUUCUGGAGAUGGACAUCUGGCCAAAGGAGCUUAGAGGAGUGGAAGCAUGGACCAGAUAUUACAACCGAGCCAGAGACGUUCUGGAACCAGCACAGUACCCAGCCUCUUAUCCUAACCUUCUCAAGGCCGAUCUACUCAAGAGAGAAGCGGAGCUUAUGGGCGUCGGAGACAAGUUCUAUCGCGUCAGCCAAACCACCAGGUUCCAUGAUGGACCGAAUAGCUCUGGCGUCUUCAUGCGAGCAUCAUCUCUGACAGGCAUGGACGCUACCGGCAUCAACGAUGGAAGCAAAUCUACCAUCCUGGUGAAUUACCUCAGUGAUGCGUGGAACUGGGGGGCGGAGAUCUUCUGCGAGUGCGAGGUGCGGUAUGUCACAAAGGCCCCUGGACGUGAAGGGUAUAUCGUACACUUUGCGUGGAAUUCAGACAACCGAGGACAAUUCUCGGGUGCAUACGACGACUUGAUGUGGGUUCAUGCGAAGAAAUUGGUCUUUUUCGGUGCCGGUAGCAUUGGAACAACGGAGAUCCUUCUUCGUAGUAAGCAGCUGGGCCUCAACAUGAGUGAUGACCUUGGAACCGAGAUGAGCGGAAACGGCGAUAUGUUGGGUUUUGCAUACAAUACUGACUAUGAGGCAAACUGCCUCGCUCACUCCCGUCCUACACCAGAACGGCCAGUUGGACCUUGUAUCACGUCAGUGCUUGACUUGCGCGAUCAGAAGAAUCCUUUAGAGGGGUUCGUGAUUGAGGACUGCGCAAUUCCUCAGGCGCUGAGUCCGCUGAUGAUUCCGAUCCUGGAGUAUCUGCCAGAUCAGAUAAAGCCGUCUUAUAACCUCGCCCAAGCUUGGGUCAAAGCAGCAGCAAGGUUGGGUAGCAAAGUUCUUGGGCCCUAUGCCCCCAAAGGCAGUGUAUCAAGAACAGGGGUAUACCUCAUCAUGUCUCACGACAGUAACCAAGGCUCCCUCACGCUCAGAGAGGGCAAGCCUGUGCUGAGCUACUCCGGCGUCGGUCGCUCUCAGUCAGUGUCUCGUAUUCACGCUUUCCUCGAAGCAAUGACGGCCUCCGUAGGCGGCGACUUCAUCGCCAAUCCCGCCUGGACGCUAUUAGGAUCGCAGGAAAUCACGGUCCAUCCAAUUGGUGGAGCUCGAAUGAGUGCCGAUGGCACAGGCAAAGCGGGUGUCGCGAACAGCGACGGGGAGAUAUUCAACGGACAUGGAGACCGAGUGCACCCAGGCUUGGUCGUUUGUGACGGAGCCAUCGUCCCCGCGGCUGUCGGCGUCAAUCCAUUUGCCACCAUAACGGCCCUUGCUGAGAGGUCGGUCGAGAUGGCUAGUCAGAAAUACGGGAUCGCUAUCGACUGGGACACGAAAAAUGGGCUACUAGAUUUGUAUGGGUCACCAGCAUUCCCUUUGCCGACGGAGCCAGAUAUAGAAAAGCUGGCGAGCAGAAUCACCAACGCCCGUGAAAAUGGCCACUCUGGAGUCGGCUUCUCUGAAGUCAUGUCGGGAUUCAUCCACGCUGGACAGGACGUGGGCGACUUUGAGGUUGCCACCAAAAUUGCGCGUAGCCACUGUGAAUCUGCAAGAUUCUUUCUGAGUGUCAAAUCUUGGGACACAAGCGAAUUGACUCAGAACAACUGCCAUUCGGCCAAUCUGACGGGUACUUUCUGCAGCAGUGCCUUUGGGGGAACCUUCAUUGUUCAUCGGGGUACUUUCCGGCUGUUUAAUCAAGAUGCCAGACAUCCCGAUACUGCAAACCUGACGUAUGAUUUUGACAUGGUGUCUCCCAGUGGCAAAACGCUCCAUUUCAAUGGAUACAAAGUUGUCAACUCAGCUGCAUAUCUCAACAUUCCGGAGGUUUGGAGACAAACAACCACGCUGUACGUGACCAUCACGAAUAGCAAGGCCAAAGUGGUCGGACGUGGCACACUGCACAUUCAGCCAGCAGACUUCUACAGGGAGCUCAUGACAUUCGGAACAACCGCGCCAACAGUAUGGGGUGGGUUGACGUCGACCACGAAGUUCCUUUCGUUCUUCGUCAAACAGUUGGCUACACCGUUCUUCUCACGAUUGGGCGCCCUUCAAUGGCCAAGUGGUGUAGUGAAUCAUGCGGCUGGCGCUGCCACAGCAUCCCAGGUCAUAUCACUAGAAGCGACAGACGGGGUCAAAACAACGAUGCUAAUGUGGAAUCCCCUGCGAGAGAACGGGGAGGAGAACGCCUCCACGGCGCCGACAAUUCUAUUUAUACCAGGAGCCGCAGUUGACCAUACGAUAUUUGCGCUCCCAACCAUUCGAAAGAAUGCCGUCACCUACUUUCGCGAAGCCGGUUACAGAGUUUACUGUGUCACGCAUAGGGUGGGCCGGACUCCCCUAGCCAGAGAAGACCACACACCAUAUGAUGCAAGGCGAGACGUUCACGCAGCCCUGGCUCAUAUUCGCAAAGUCAGCCAUUCACGUACCCAAGGAGGAGACAAGGUGUAUGUCGUUGCACACUGCGUCGGUUCUCUCGCUCUUGCUUGUGGCCUUUUGGAUGGAACUAUUCCCGGCCACUGGAUUCGCGGCAUCACUUGCUCAAUGGUCUUCAUGCAUCCUAAAUUUGGCAAGAUCAACAACCUCUUCUCUGCGUUCCCGGUGGACCUCUACAGCAGUCUCGUCGGCUCGUACUGGGACUGUUGUAGUAGUCCGAGCGACACAUAUACGCAGCAGCUUCUGAACCAAAUGCUACGUUUCUAUCCUGUUGGCAACCGUCAUGAGAUUUGCCGAUCGGUCGUUUGCCAUAGAAGCGAGUUGGUAUUUGGGCGACUUUGGACCCAUAAGAACCUAAAUGAAGCUACACAUAGCCAGCUCGAUCAAUUUCUUGGGGGCACCUCGAUGCAAUCUCUCAAGUGGCUCACGAACUGCGGCCGUAUCGAGAAAGUCACGACAAACAACCCCAAUGCAAACCUGGUAAGAGCAGAGAACAUGAGCCGCCUCAAAGAGAUCCCCAUACUGUUUCUGUCCGGCGCAGAGAAUAUGGUCUUCACCGCGGAAAACACGGAUACCUCAUACACUGCGCUAUGCAAUGCUCAUGGGAGGCAAUGGUACGAGAGAGAGCUCUUCCAAGGCAAAGGGCAUCUUGAUGCUUGGAUGGGGGUUGGCGCAUAUCAAGAUGUGUAUCCCAGAGUGGAGCGACAUGUCGAGAAGGUCUUCGAGGGGUUGAAGGUUUGA